CUUAUUUUAAUUGUUUCUCAAUGUCUUUGCCGGCCGUCCAGAGUGUCCAACAGCUGUACAAUACGAUAGAGUGGUUGUCAUCGAAAGGGGCGUCGGUUUUGCUCUCGUAUGAGGACAGGGAAGACAAACAGCCACUGAUUGACCAGUUUUUUGCUUUAAUCGCCGAUAAAUUCACCGCAACUGAGAUUGAAAGCCAUGAUUUACAUCCCGAUUAUCGUAACCUCCGGUGUCGUAACAAAUCGCCAAUAUUCCGACUGUCGCUACAUUUGGCCACUACGGACGCGGCCAACAGUGCCAUUGUGGGCACCGGGCUAUUCAUCAACUCAUAUCUGCCCCGUGUGUUCAAUGUGACCAUCGGUAACACCUGUUCACUACUGGUGCUCGAGAUCUUCCGGUUGUCAUCGCUGGUCGCCUCAGCCCUUCACCUCCUGGCCAUGGCUUUAGUCUAUUACAGGGGAACCACUAAUCCAUUGCAUUACAGGUGCCGUAUCUGUUAA